CUCGCGUUGGAGACACUGAUCCUGUAGCAUAAAGAAGACGCACUAUCCUUGUGUACCUUGCUCGCGACCUGACAGUGCCUGGCAGUGAAAGCUUUCCCUUCCCUAACAAACCACCCAAACCGGUGACAUGGGCUGCGUCAGCAAGUAUGGUCUUCUCACAAUCAAUUUCUUCGUGGUGGCCUUCGGGCUUUGCGUGGUCGGGGUGUCGGCAGCCAUCCUCCGCCAGAACACCAUCUACGGGGUGGUGCUCUCCAACUUAUUCUACUCGGUGCCCCUGACAACCCUACUGGCGGGCAUAUUCCUCACAUGUCUAGGGGUGCUGGGCUGUCUCGGCGCCAUCAAGGAGCAUCCAGUACUCCUCAAAAUAUACGCGGCAGUGGUCAUGGUGCUACUCAUCGUGGCAAUGACCGCAGGCAUCACGAUGUUAGUCUUCACGGCCAACACGUCCAGCUUCCUCGUGCGCGGCAUGACCAACGUCUUCAAUGAGUACGGCAGCGAGGACAAGGAAUACCUCACCCACGACCUUGACAUUUUCCAACACACGAUGCAUUGCUGCGGCAUCGUCAGCUAUACUGACUGGGCUAACUUCACCUACGGUAACAAUACUAACGUGGCUGACGGCUGCUGUAGAAACCAGACGUUGGGUUGUGGGGAGGGGUUACUGCAGAACCCUCAGGUGGAGGACCUGGUGUACAUGAAGGGUUGUCUCUCCUUCGUCGUAAAUGCUUUCGAUGCCAUCUGUCUGACGCUCGGGAUCCUCACCUUUGCUCUUGUUUGCUUCCAGGCUCUGAGCAUUGCCUGGGCUUGUAUCAUCGCUAAGGACUCGAGGAGAUACGCGCACAUUUAAAGAAUAAAUACGCAUAACUGUAAUAAUUCGUAGUUAACUUUUCACUGCUAUCAAAUCUAGGUGCCUCGUUACGCAAAACUUUUCACUGUUAUUCAUCCCUCUUCUGUCCACCUCUUUAAUGCAACGGUUAACCAUAAUUCUUAAUCAUUCAUUCCUUUCUCUGGUAAACUGUGAAAGUUCCUACCUGCUUCUACAUUUUAUCCUUCCUAUGACUUGAUCUCAUUCACGAGGAAGAUUUCAAGACACGAAUAUUGGAUUACCCUUUCUGACCUCUCUUUAAAGAAUGGCACUCUCAGUGGGCCUUUUUUCGAACCUUGUUGUCCUUGGCCAGUGCUUCUCUUAAAAAAAAAAAAAAAAAAAAAACAGAAAAGUGUGUGGCGCAGCGUCGAGGAACCACGGCGUGCACAUCAAGCUAAUGGUGAAGCAGGCCUGACAGAAAAUAAGCGGCUGAUUCUCAGUGGUGGACGAUAUUUCUUCACUAGUCUUGUUUCUUAUUCAUAUUGUAACUUGCUGGUUGUUGUUGUUGUUGCUGUUAUUAUCAUUAUUAUUAUUAUUAAUGUAUUAGUAGUAGUAGUAGUAGUAGUAGUAGUAGUAGUAGUAGUAGUAGUAGUAGUAGUAGUAGUAGUAGUAGUAGUAAAAGUAGUAGUAGUAGUAGUAGUAUAAUUAUUAUUAUUAUUAUUAUUGCUCCUCUUCGUACUACUACUACUACUACUAAUAUUACAACUACUACUGCUGGCUGCUACUACUGCUGCUACCAUUUCUACUGUUGCUGCUACCAACUGUUUAUGCUACUACUACUGCUAUCUCACACACACACACACACACACACACACAUGUUUAUGUUCUCACUAUGAUUACUUCCAGUUAUGUGUAUUAUUACCGAUACCACUCUCUCUUCGCCUCCGCGUCCCUUCCCCACCCACGACUGUUCUCUUCCCUUAUCUCCCUUCCCCCCUCCACUUCACUUCCACAUUUCCUCCCUUAUCGCAAUCUUUCUCUUCCUUAUCGUUUCAUAUCGCCAGUGUGCCUCCACUCUCCUUACUUGCAUUUCUGUUCCUUUUUCCUAUCCCCCUUAGGGCAGUUAUCGGCGACGCAUAUAAACAAUAAUGGUAACCUCACAACGAUAAUGAUAAUAAUAAUAAUAAUAAUAAUAAUAAUAAUAAUAAUAAUAAUAAUAAUAAUGAUGAUGAUGAUGAUGCUACGUAGCAGUCCUUGUGGUAGUGCCUUGCCAGACUACUGUCAACUUGAACUCGCUGGAACUUAAAACUUUCCUCGAGUCAACGGGUCUGUUACACAUAUCAAUUGAUAUUACAUUUAAUUCUGCGUCUAAUUAAGUGUGUCCAAUCCCACUGAGAUCACAUUUAAUGCGUGAAAAUUUCUGGAUACUGACUGUAUCUUUAUUUAAUGUAUUACUCGUAACAAACUUGUUAAUCACAGAAAGUUUAUUGUGGUCUUGUUUUGAAGAUGGGUAGUUUACUAUGUCAUGCUAAUCAAAAAAACAAAAAAAGUUUGUUGAUACCGACAACCGCCGAUUACGGCCACUUGGCAGCGUCAGUCAAGCGAAGGGGCACGCAGGACUUAGGAGAGAGGGAGCGGCACUCACAGACAUCCCACACACACACACACACACACACACACACACACACACAAUAUAUAUAUAUAUAUAUAUAUAUAUAUAUAUAUAUAUAUAUAUAUAUAUAUAUAUAUAUAUAUAUAUAUAUAUAUAUAUAUAUAUAUAUAUAUAUAUAUAUAUAUAUAUAUAUAUAUAUAUAUCAUGGGUGCUUUCAAAGUGGUAACACCUGCAGUCUGAUUUAUUCAUCAACUGCAUGUAAUUUCUCGACUGCAGUGCUAGAUGUUGGGAGUGACACAAUAAUAAUAUCAAACAUAUAAAAAAAAUCGAUAAAAAUAACACUGUAAUGUACAAAGUAAUUCAGCAGUCAAUAAAAUAAAAAAAAAAUCAAAUAUAAUGGUUUUAAUAACAAAAAUAGAACAAUAACAAACUAAGUGACGCUUUUGGCAAUAAUACUUAUAAGACUCAUCUUGUCCCUAUAUGUUAUCUUCCUUAUCUCUACCCAUACCUUUACAGAUAUUGAUCAUGAUUCACAACAAACUUCUCCAAAAAGGUGGACGUGCCUGGCCGUGAAGAAGACCUUUCCGUUUUUAAGGAGCUACCUAUAUUAAGAUGAGCAACAUUGAUUUCUUAGUGGUGUUGAGAGUGUUGCAUCUCCGAAGUCAGUCACGGCAGCGACAUUAACACAGACUCCGACUCCCGUCAGAUCUUUGGGCCAUGUGUGAUCGCAAAGUCGGGCCGUCAUCUUAAGCCAGAACACCCUCUUCGGAGUGAUGUGCUAUAACAUGUUUUCUCGUCAUCUGUGAACACCAUGUUGAGGGCCAUGGUCUUCACGGUGCUUCAGCACUCUCAAGGAUCGUCCAGUUGUGCUGAAGAGAAUAAGUCAGAACAGCAAGUGUGCAGAGCUCGUCAUGAUUCUACUAAUAGUGGUACUGACGGUCGGAAUCAUAAGAUUAUUCUUUACGGAUAGUAUAUCUAAUCUCCUCAUUCGACAUAUGACAAGCAUGUUCGACGAGUACGGCAACAAAGGCAAUGACUUCCUCACCCUCAACCUAAAUGCCUUCCAGCAGUGGCUGAGUGAGGCGGGGGAAACGUUUGUUGAGGAUUAGAGUGAGGCUGAAGUUCUGAAAGAAGAGGAAUUCUCUCUCUCUCUCUCUCUCUCUCUCUCUCUCUCUCUCUCUCUCUCUCUCUCUCUCUCUCUCUCUCUCUCUCUCUCUCUCUCUCUCUCUAUCUAUCUAUCUAUCUAUCUAUCUAUCUCUUCCCCCCACUUAUCUGUCAUUUUGUCUCUCAGGAAGGCAGGAAGAGGAAAUUCCUCGUAAAAUAAUAUUUCUUUCCAAAGGUUGGACUAUUUACCACUCAAUAUCAUAAUAAUUAGUUAUUGGAUACGUUAUGAAAUGUAAUAUAACAAUUAAUAUAAAUGUUGCACUAAACUCGUGCACAUAAUCGUUGAAAGAAGAGUGGGUUCGCCGACGGAUACACAUAAUAUUUCAUGGUGUUCACAAGACUGGAACGUUGCCAUUCAAGGAACUAUUUUGUAUAUCUCUGUAGACCCACUGCUGCGGCAUCAUCGGUUACAGUGACUGAGGAAACUUUACCUACGGCAACAACACAAACGUGGGUGACGGCUGCUGUAGGAAUCAGGCGGGAGGACUUACUGCAGAGCCCUGACGUGGAGGACCUGGUGUACAACGAAGGGCUGCCUCCACUUCGUCACCAAGGUCUUCUACGGCGUUUGUCUGACGCUCGGGAUCCUCAGCUUCAUUCUCAUUUGCGUGGAGGCUGUGAAUAUCGCCUGCUCAUGUAUCAAAGCAAGGAAUUUAAGUACAUACGAGCCUCUUUAAGGUGAAAGCAUGGUUUAACCUGGGGCCUUCCUUCAGUGCAAAUCUACGACCUGAUCUUCCAGUGAAACGACUAGAACCACUCCCUGCUUGUUUCAUUAUCUUAAGCGAGAGUGUGCCGACCAGGAGACCAAAAAAUGAGGCCCUUCUGAGAUACAGUUCAUGCGGAGAGGUGGCGGGUGCAGCAGCAGCAGUGGUGGCGGGGCUGCUGCUGGAUCGCAACAGGGAGUACGGGGCCCUGCUGGGAGGAGGGGUAUUCACAUUGCCACUCGUAGUCCUUUUUAUCGGUGUGGGACUACUCCUUCUGGCUCUCCUCGCCUGGGUCGGAGUCCUCCACGCCAAUGCCUGUCUCCUGUACACGUACGCAGGGCUGCAGCUGGUGGCGGUGGCGACGGAGAGUGUGGGCGUGACACUUGUUCUCGUGUACAAAGAGAGGACGGAGAAGGCGGUGCAGAGAGCCAUGUCAGGAGGUCUUCCACAGUUACGGUGAUGAGGACAACCUAGCUAUCACGUUUUCUCUGGACCGCGCCCAACACAAACUUCAGUGUUGCGGGGUGCUUAGCUUCGUGGAAUGGGGCAACACCACCUUCGGGGCAGAAUACGGUGUGCCGGACGGGUGCUGCAGAACGAUGACGGAGGGCUGUGGACAAGGGAUUCUGCUGCACCCUGAGACCUCCGCCAAGCAAACCAUUAAUACCCGCGGCUGCUACACUGCCGUCAGGAAGCAAGUGGUGCGCGGGAGCUUCAGCCAUCAUCGCUAUGCUCGUGACUUUUGUUCUUGUACAGUUUAUGUGUGCAUAUUACGCGUUCUCGGCGGCCAGAAAGCUGAGGAUGGUGGUGGCGCCAGCUUCGUAAUUCAAGGCUUCUGGGAAAACAGCGGCCGUCACACUUUUCCGAGAACGGCUCCCGCAGUCGGCUUUGUGCUCUUGAUCUGUUCUGUUCGUCAGUGUGGGCGGCGCUAACAUCAUUUACAUGACUGCUGCUUCGUUCCUGGCUCAUCGAAGGUCAGGUAAAAGUGUGGGUAUGAACACGGACGGGGGAAAAUAAAGGCACAUUGAACAUUG